AUGGACGAGUCCCCACACUUUGUCAUCGGGCAUCAUGACUCAAAACGGCCUCUACCAGUGACUCUCCAGACAGUUCAAGAUGCUCAUGCUGCAAAUUAUGAUAUGCUCACAAGUCCUAUAACGACGCCUCAUUUUCAAUCUAGAGUGUUAACUUUACUUUCCACUUUUCUUUCCCAACAUUCGAAUGGCACUGAGGACAUCACCAAGACCAAAAACGCUUCCCCAGUGGUCAUUCCCCCCCUUACACCGGCGGACACACCUCUGACUCCUGAUGAUUCCAUCAGCCAGAUCAUUGGGAUCUCCAGUUCUUGGAUCGAUCUCACUUCUCCCGAUCCUAUUAUUGCAGAAGUCUCGCGCCAAGUACUGAACCUUGAAUUAGCUUAUGCGGCUUUCUGUGGCAUCACGUACCUUCUGGUUCCUGGCCCACGUCUACGCGGUCAUGGCACUUCAGAUAGUGGAAUUGCGCAGUAUGCCCGCGCAAUCAUGGACGCCCUUUCUGAAGCGCCCUACAUUCAGCUCUAUGUGUGGCAACCUAUCAUCGAUCAUCCGGAAGAAUUGGUUAAGGAAAUGGGCGAUUUGACGCCGUUUACUCGUCAACAAUUCUUAGACGAUGAGGACUUAGAACAACAGACGAGACUAGAUCUUUUUGGAACCUGGGAGGCUUGGGAUAUAAUUAGAUCAAUCUGUAAAUACCAUUCAAGAUUGGGUGUAGCCUUGUCACUACCGAAGCUCCUCCCUCCUGUCCCCAUCCAAUCAAGAUGGUAUUCCGAGCCAGUUCGACUUUUGACUCUUGACGGCAAGAUCUUUGCGAAAAAUGCGAAGGGCUAUCCUGUUCUCUCACGUGCGCAUCAAUCUUUUAUCAGCCGUUUCAUCCGCCUUCGUACUCCGCCAUGGUUUCUACUAUGUGAUGUAGGAUCUGUUCCGGGGUCCAACCCGAUCGGGUUGGAUCAGCAAGGAGCCUCAUCGACGGCAGCAUUUCCUACGCCUGCUGAAGCCGCUGAGAAUCCUCAGCUCAAAGACCCAACCCCACAGCUUUCAUACAUGCGAAACUUGCAAACCAAACAACCAGUUCUGACACCUCUGGACCGCUUUGGUGCCGGAUAUCAAGAUUACCUCCAGGCCCCCUUGCAGCCACUGACAGUGAACCUUGAAAGUAUCACAUAUGAGGUCUUUGAAAAAGAUCCCAUUAAGUACGCCUGGUAUGAGCGUGCGAUAGCCAGAGCAUUGCACGACUGGAUAGAGCAAGGGAAGCCCACGUCCAACCCAGAUGGCCGUGUUGUCGUGGCGGUGGUCGGUGCUGGCCGUGGCCCCCUGGUAAGUCGAGCACUGAAAGCCAGCGAGGAUGUUGGUGUUGAAAUCGACAUGUGGGCAUUGGAGAAGAAUCCCAACGCUUUCGUCCUGCUACAGCGGCACAACGAGGCGAUCUGGAACAAGCGUGUUAACCUAGUCAAAUCCGAUAUGAGGACCUGGAGGGGCCCCCUUCGCCCAGCGAGCUCACAGCCGACGAGCCGGAUUUACAACACUGAGCAAGACGACUCCGAAGAUCAAGAGUCACAAAAGGGAGACACUAGCACCAAGAACCCGAAAUCCACAGGGACGACCGCCUCUUUCACCGGGCCCCCAUCGCUAGACUCUCCCUCUCUUCUAGCGACCUCAGAGCCUGCUCCCACCCAACCAACAACAUACAAGAUCGACAUCCUGAUCUCCGAGCUCCUGGGAUCCUUCGCCGAUAACGAACUCAGCCCGGAAUGCCUCGACGGCGUCCAGCACCUGAUGAACCCGGUGCACGGGAUCAGCAUUCCAGCGUCAUACACGGCGCAUUUGACGCCCAUUGCUGCGCCCAAGCUAUACGCCGACAUCACGCAUGGGAUGACCAGCACGACGCCCCACGCGGCUGAGAUACCCUACGUGGUCAUGUUGAACGCAGUUGACUAUCUGAGCACCACCAGCGUUGCGGAGGAAGGCUCUAGCGAUGCAUCGACAACCACUCAAGCUGUCUCAUCGACCUCCUCGGGCACCUCAACUGCCAAUCGCAAGGCUGUGGCGCAGAGCAUCGGAGGCGUCGUUGGAGGAGCAAGCAGCCCUCCCAUCUCAGUUCCAGCACCAGGCAUAAUGACACCCCAGCCCAUCAUCGGCACGACGUGGUCGUUCCAACACCCGAACCCGCUACUCCCGGCCUCUUCCACCACCGCCACCACCUCCUCAUCAACCACAACGACAUCUCCAUCACCCUUAUCAUCCGAACCAAUCUCUCUCUCCAACGCACACAACGCCCGCAGUAGCAUAUUGACCUUCCCGAUCCCCAACCGUGGCACCUGCCACGGCCUAGCCGGAUACUUUGAGACGGUCCUCUACAAGGGAGUCGAGCUCUCUACCAACCCGAACACCAUGGACGCCAAGAGCGAGAGCAUGAUUUCCUGGUUCCCGAUUUACUUUCCAUUGAAGGUCCCACUAACCGUGCCCGACUCGUCCGAGCUGCGCGUCACGAUGUGGCGGAAGACCGACGACCGCAAGGUCUGGUACGAAUGGAUUGUCGACGUCUUCAUCUCGAGUGCAGGACCCGCACCCGCGAGCUCGAAGACCAAGGGCGCUACUCCUGCCGUCAGGGUCAAGAAAAUCCGCGUUGGCGGAAGCGAACUACACUCGAGCGAGAAGGAUGCGUGCUUGAUGUGA